AUGGAAGGAUCUCCAAAUAAGCCAAGCAAAUUCAAAUUUUGUUACAUUAUGCAGGGACUACCAGGCUCAGGAAAGUCAACUGUGGCCAGAUAGCUAGCUGGUGAGAAUGGAAAGAUAUUCUAAUUAGAUAAGACAAUCGUAGAGAGGAAGAAAUCAUUAGUAGAUUAAGAUAUAAAGACCCUCAGCGACAUAUAUGAAUCAAUCUUCCAAGAUUUUUGCCAAGAAAUGCAAAAAGGCACUGAAAUUAUAGUUAUAGAUAACACCAACCUAAGUGAAUGGGAAUACAUAAGAUUUGUUAAGAAGGCCUAGCUUGAACACUUCUUUGUUUCAAUAGUUGCUCUUCCUCCUCCUGAUGAGAUUUAAACUGCAGUUGAAAGAUCAUAAUUUGAUGUUAACGACGAUUAAAUGACUCAAAUGCUAGCGAAAUGGGAACCCUUUAGUCCUCAAAGACUUCUCGAUAAAACUCAUAAAAUGCAUAAUUAGGGUAUCGAUCCACAUCUGACUCACGCUGCUGCAUAUCAUAAAAUGUCAUCUGAUGUAAAUCACAAUAAAAGAAAUUCAUUUGUGAACCCACCUGAUGUUAUUGCUGAAAAUGUAGUUGAAGAAGAAUAACAGUGA